AAAAAUUACAAAAGCUACCAUUAAUGCUGUCUCACCUCCUUUGUCUUUAAUGUUCUUAUCACCUUCUUCUCUUCCUUCCACCCAAACUACUUCCUCUUCUAUGUGUUAAUCCUACAACCAAACAUUCUCAUCCACGGCUACUCUCUGAGUUCAUUAGCUGUGUUCCUCUGAGUUAAUUUCACUGUCUCCAGAGUUCUUGCAAACAUUAUGUGAGAGUGUUCCUCUCUUUCUAGGGUUCUGUUUCCUUUCUUCUAAUUUUAUCAUGACUCAUUCAAAGGUGUUUCCUUUACUCUUUCUUUCAUCUCUCUUGUUCUUACAAAACACUCAUCAACUCCAAAACUCUCAAACCCAAGUCCUGUAUCAGCUCAGGAAGCAUCUAGAAUCCCCCAAAGCUCUUGAAUCUUGGGGAAGUUACUACGGAGACUUAUGUCUAAUCUCUGCAACUACUCAUAUGAGUAUAACCUGUGAAGGUAACUCUGUCACAGAGCUUAAAGUCAUGGGAGACAAAAUCUCAAAACCAGUUGGUAUUACUAUGUUCCAUGGAUCUUCACUCCCUAACCACACUCUCUCCAAAGCCUUCUUGAUAGAUUCUUUUGUUACAACAUUGACAAGGCUUACAAGCUUGAAGGUUCUCACCUUAGUGUCUUUAGGUAUCUUUGGUGAGUUACCAGGGAAGAUUCAUAGAUUGUAUUCACUUGAGUCCUUGGAUUUGAGUUCGAAUUAUCUCUUUGGUUCUGUUCCUCCUGAUGUCUCUAGAUUGGUUAAGCUUCAGAGUAUGUUGCUUGAUGGAAACUACUUCAACGGCAGUGUUCCUGACACGUUGGAUUCUCUGGCCAAUCUCACUGUUCUUAGUCUAAAGAACAAUCGGUUCAACGGUCCAUUUCCUGCUUCAGUUACCAGAAUUGGAAGAUUGACAAAUCUUGCGUUGUCACACAAUGAGAUUUCUGGUGAGUUGCCUGAUCUCAGGGAGUUAGAUCAUCUGCAUAUGCUUGAUCUGAGAGAGAACCGCUUGGAUUCUGAACUACCUUUGUUGCCUAAGAGUUUGGUUACUGUUCUGUUGAGUAAGAACUCCUUCUCUGGCGAAAUCUCCAGUGGUUUUGAUGGUUUGUCUCAGCUUCAGCAUCUUGACUUGUCGUUUAAUCAUCUUACUGGAACUCCUUCUCGGUUCUUGUUCUCAUUGCCAAACAUUAGUUACUUAGACUUGGCAUCUAACAAGCUCAGUGGGAAGCUACCAAUUGAUUUGACCUGUGGAGGCAAACUCGGAUUCGUGGAUUUGUCUAAUAACAGACUCAUUGGGAGUCCUCCACGUUGCUUGGCAGGGUCUUCUGGUGAACGAGUUGUUAAACUCGGUGGAAACUGCUUAUCUGUAAAUGGAGUUCAUGAUCAGCAUCAGGAACUCUUAUGUGAAGAGGCUGAGACUAAGAGGAAAGUGUUGCAAGGUAGAAAGAUUGGAAUGUUAAUUGCUGUGAUUACUGGAGCUGUUCUAGUUCUGUUUGGAUUUGGACUACUCAUAUUAUGCACAAAGCGGUCAUGUAGUUGUUGUUGUUCAAAAGAGAAGUCAGUGUUGCAAACUAGGACAGAUAAUUCACACACCAGUCUCUCCUCUCAAGUUCUUGCUAGUGCUAGGCUAAUCUCUCAAACAGCAAAGCUAAGUGCGCAAGGUGUGCCUUCAUGCCGGUCAUUUUCUUUUGAAGAGAUAAAAGAAGCCACUGAUGAUUUUGAUUCAUCACGUUUCUUAGGUGAAGGCUCCCUUGGAAAGCUAUACAGAGGAACAUUAGAAAAUGGAAGUUCCAUAGCUAUAAGAUGUUUAAUGUUAUCAAGAAAAUUCUCUAGCCAAAGUAUUAGAGGUCACUUAGAUUUAAUGUCUAAGCUCAACCAUCCUCAUCUCCUUAGCUUCUUAGGCCAUUGCACUCAAACCAACCUAGAAUACGAUCCUGCAGUGACCAUACUCUACCUUGUAUACGAGUACAUGCCCAAGGGGACCUACCGUGCACAUCUAACAGAGUCUUGUCCGGAGAAGAUCCUAACGUGGCCAGAUAGGUUAGCAAUUCUGAUAGAGAUAGCAAAGGCAGUUCAUUUUCUUCACACUGGUGUAAUACCUGGUUCCUUCAACAAUCAGCUGAAGACUAACAACAUUUUGCUUGAUGAACACAAGAUUGCUAAGCUUAGUGAUUAUGGACUCUCUGCCAUCAUUGAAGAGAAUGAAAAGCUCCUUGAGGUUUGCUCUAUUUCCUCUUUUUCUCUGAAAAUGGCUAAAAGAGAAGAUGAUGUGUAUAACUUUGGAUUCAUACUACUGGAAUCUCUCAUAGGACCAUUGCCAUCUGCAAAAGGAGAGGCCUCUCUUCUUAACGAAAUGACUUCAUUUGGGAGCCAAGAUGGUAGACAGAAGAUAGUGAACCCAUCGGUGCUAACAACGAGCUCGCAUGAGUCUUUAACUAUAGCGAUAUCAAUAGCCAACAAAUGCGUUUUGCUUGAACCUUCAGCAAGACCUUCCUUUGAAGAUGUUCUCUGGAACUUACAAUAUGCAGCUCAAAUGCAGUCUGCUGCUGACGCUGAACGCAAAUCCGACACGUCCUCGUGAAUCCCGCAGAGCUAAUGAUUGAUUGAUAGUGUUUUGUUUGUUAAGUCUAUAUACAACAUGUAAAUUAUAGAAGUUUGGGUUUUCAUGAAAAAAAAAAAGUAACUAAGUAAGUCUUUCGCUAGUAAAAAGAUCACAUUGAAUUUGUUUGUAGCUGGAGAACUUGACAAUCUUCAAGAACAAGGUAACAAUGAGGUAGGAGAAAUGUCCAGUUCUGUAAUCUGUACCUGAACCGGAGGCCAGCAGCUGGGAACUAACUAGGUUCCAAGGAGCUGGUGAGUUCCUUGCUUGGUACCAUGCGUCACAAGUGUCUUUUAUCUGUUUACGCUCUUGUAAAAGAGGUGCUGAAGACCAAUAUGGCUUACAAGGAAAGUAGAGUAGUGUACUGUAAUCUUUUGUAUGAUGAAACGUGAUCAAUGGUUUGAAAGGAAAGUAUUAGUGUAUUAUAGUCUUUUGUAUGCUGCAGCAUUACUACUUAUGAUAUAGCUUUAGCUUGUAGCUGUUACUUAGUCUACUCUUAUUUAUACUCUGAUAAUGGUUUUGUUUAAGCUAGUAUUUUGUUAAAUAGAUUCCAAGUACAAUGUUGC